AUCCAACUGCCCGCCAAAUAAAUCUGGCCCAUUCCGCUCCGGUGCAGCACCUUUUGUCAGAACCCAUUGUUGAGACACCUCCACAUUCACUUCACAUAAUCCCAGGUCUAGGAGUUUGUCUGUUCUUUCUGAUGCUUGAACCUGUUUCUUCAAUUGCAAUUUGUUGAAGCUCUAGGCUUUUUUAGGAGCAGGCGCAAGGAGGCGCAAAGAUGUGGUUCCCUUCAACCUCCCUCUUGCUGCUAUGCAUAUUCUGCAUAAUACAAGUAGCUGUCUGCACGGAGGACUUUUACAAGCUUCUUGGGAUUGAUAAGCACGCCUCUGACAAAGAUAUCAAGCGUGCAUACCGAGUGCUGAGCAAGAAAUACCACCCCGAUAAGAAUCCGUACAACUUCCUUUACAUCAGGCUACUCAGGCUAUACCAUUGCAACCCUCACUAACACCACGAACAGUGGAAAUGAGAGCGCGAAGCAGAAAUUCGUCGAAGUCGCGGAAGCCUACGAAGCUCUCUCCGACCCCGAAUCCCGCAAAGUCUACGAUCAAUAUGGACAUGAAGGCCUGAAACAACGGCAGCAGGGCCAAGGAGGCGGCCACCAUGAUCCAUUCGACAUGUUCUCGAGGUUCUUCGGUGGAGGUGGACACUUUGGACACCAGCAAGGGCAGAGACGAGGCCCAGACAUGGAAGUCAGAGUCGGAGUUCCUUUGAAAGAUUUCUAUAAUGGCCAUACAACCGAGUUCCAAUUAGAGAAGCAGCAGAUCUGCGACGAGUGCGAUGGGACCGGAAGUGAAGAUGGACAGGUCGAUACUUGCAAUGUGUGCCAUGGUCAUGGUGUGCAGAUCAAGAAGCACAUGCUUGCGCCAGGAAUCUUCCAACAGGUGCAAGUUUCUUGCGAUGCUUGUGGAGGACAGGGCAAGACGAUCAAGCAUAAAUGUCCAGUUUGCAGUGGCCACAGGGUUGUACGGAAGGUUGUCACACAUCCAUUGGUAGUUGACAAGGGAGCCCCAAAGGGACACCGGAUCAACUAUGAGAACGAGGCAGAUGAGAGCCCGGAUUAUGUGGCGGGCGACUUGCGCGUGACGCUCGUUGAGAAGGAGGCGAACUUGGACGAGGAUAACGAGUUGCGAGUCGACGGAACAUUCUUUAGACGCAAGGGCGAUGAUUUAUACUGGAGAGAAGUCCUUUCGCUCAGAGAGGCAUGGAUGGGACACUGGACGCGCAACCUGACCCAUCUCGACGGACAUGUCGUAGCGCUCUCCCGCAAACGUGGGGAGCCCAUCCAACCCGGACAAAUCGAGCGUGUAAAGGGCGAAGGAAUGCCAAAAUGGCACGAGGACGGCGACAGCGUGUACCACACAACAGAAUUCGGCGACCUGAUUGUCGAAUAUCAAGUCAUAUUACCAGAUCAGAUGGAAAAGGGCAUGGAGAAGGAUUUCUGGGCAUUGUGGGAGAAGUGGAGGAAGAAGAAUGGCGUAGAUCUGCAGGCUGAUAGUGAGAGGCCGCAUGGACCCGUUUCCCAGAAUGGGAAGGAUGAAUUGUGAUAUAUGUACCAUUAGAGUAGAUGGUGACUUCUCUACCAAUUUAGAGCGUUUCUUGGCUUACAUCUUGCUUCUUGAUGUUAUGUGAGCAGGGCGCGAAGCCAAACCAGGAGUAGAUGUUCUACGGGUUAUGAGAUGACCCACAUUGGCGAGCAGACCCCAGCAAAAUGGAAAUUCAACGAUCAUUGAAAGACAACAUGCUUCUGCAUUAAUCCACGUUGGUUGUGUUGGGUAACCACAGGACUAUGGAGGCCGGACCAUGUUCUGAAUGAAUAAGAAAAUAUUGAGUUUCCGUUCCACCCGUUUAACAUUCGCAAG